AACUGUGCUUUGCAUAGUCAGUGAACAAAGUCCCGACACCAUGAGCAGCACUAUCUCUCCAGCAGCAGACGCCAUAGCCAGCAACGAAGACCUCCUUACAGAGAUCCUCCUCAGACUACCUGCCAAACCUCUCCUCAAAUUCAAAUCCGUUUCAAAAGAAUGGUUCUCUCUCAUUUCCAGCUCCCAGUUCUGCCUCUUCCACAACCGUCGCUACCGUGACAACGCCUCUCUCACUGCUGCUGUCCUCUUGUUCGACUGUGGCACUACCCACACCCCACCUACUGGAUUCCACAUUGUCCCUUCGAAGAACCAAUGCUCCAAAGUCCCCUUCUUCGAGUAUCUCGGAGACUCAGAUUUCAGAAUCAUGCAGUCUUGCAAUGGUUUGCUUCUUUGCCGUUGUUGUGAUAAAUUUCAAUAUUUGAACUACUUUAUCUUUAACCCCUCUACUAACAAAAUCAGGAUAGUAUCUUUUCCUCAAGCUGAAGUUGAAGGCUUUGUUUAUGCUGUUAACUUAGCAUUUGACCCUCUCAAAUCUGUUCAUUAUAAGAUUAUUUCAAUCAGGAGAUUGGUAUGGGUAGCGCCUAGAUUUCAGAUUGAUAUAUAUUCAUCAAAGACUGAUUCUUGGAGUGUAAAGGUAUUAAAUUUUACUAAGCCUGAUGAUGUCUGGUUAAACUGUGGGGUUUUUUGUAAUGGGGCUAUUCACUGGGAAGGUGGGGGUAGGAGUUCAUUGUAUUUAGAUGUGGAGAAUAUGUGCUUGAAAGCAAUGCCAACGCCAGCACGGAUGCUGGACGCACCUGAGGGAUCUUACAGUGAGAGCAAUAGGUUUCUGGGGGAAUCUCGGGGACAUUUGCAUCUUGCUGUCAACUACAUGCCCCUUUGUUUACAGUUUAAUAUUUUUGAGAUGGCUGCAGACUAUUCUGAUUGGUUCUUAAAAUACCGUAUGAAUUUGGAGACUGUGGUGAAAGGUUUUCCUGAGAUACAUUUAUAUCCUGAUGAGGAGGGGGAUAAUCAAGUAUCUGCUAUGUGUGUUAUACGAUCCAAGAUAGAUGAAGUCUCUACAGUUGUGGUGUUUGUGAAUGGGAAGGUAAUUUCCUAUGAUUUGCAUGAUGGGACAUCGACAAAGCUUUGUGAUCUAGAGUCAUGUCCAAAAACUCAUGGUCAUCUAUCAGAUUAUGAAGCAUUCCACGUCUAUCAGUACUUCGAGACACUCUCUUGUGUUUGAGAGACUUUCAAUUUUAGCUGGCACCAACGUUCUCAAGUCCAAUCAGGUUAAGCAGUCAAGUAACUGAGUUGUAUGUUCUAAUAUUUGUGCUUAAAUACACUUAUUGUCACUUUUGUAUUGAACAUAUCUACAGUGCGUAGAUGAGCUUUAUCCUAUUGUAAGCAACUGCAGUUGGGAAUUAAGGCAUUAUAUAUAUGUCUUGUGGUUAGUCCACUACAUAAUGCAUGUAUUUGUAGUGUUCUAAGUACUCAUAAAUAUGAAAAGACUUUCCCC